UUUGACCGCGCAACUCCACGUUCAGGAAAUAAGCGUUGACUACGCCGAGUCACUCACUUUGACAGGAGGAACGCUCGCCCUGAUCAGAUCAUUUCUCAGGGAUUCCCACGAGUCACACAAUCACCGGCGGACUAUUGUUUUUCUUUCUAACGACCGGCUGGAAAAAAAGGUUCGCGAGGGAAACGGAUUCGAGGAGGAGAUUAGUGCUCGAAGGAUGGCAUAGAUGUACAAUCGAACGGCAGCAUGUGCUAUGUGAUAGUCACUGGUCGUAGUUUACUGUGGACGUUGCUGUCCCUGGUGGCGUUAAUGGCAGUUUUAUCGGCGCUCAUCACUCCAAAAUGGCUCAUUGGACCGCAAAUAAAAGACACGAAGAACGGGUCGGAGUUUUACGUGCCAACAGUCGGGAUUUUCAAUCGCUGCAUCAAGCUGCACGGUAAGAAGGCUCACUGCGCGAAUUUCAACUUGGACGGCUUCGCCACGGAUUCCAGCGUGUUUCCAGGCUGCUGGAAAGCCUCGUACUUCUUCUUGUCUCUUGGCUUGGCGAUCAUGUCGACGACGGUGCUGGCGGCUUUGGUCGGCUGCUGUAUGCAAAGCAUCGGCAGAAAGAGCAUCUUCAAUUUGGCCGGUGUUGCACAGGUUAUCGCUGGGAUAUUUUACUUGCUCGGGAUGAUUUUGUAUCCCGCGGGCUGGGGCGCGGAAAGGGUUCAGAGGAUCUGUGGACCGGAAGCUGACGCUUUCUACCUCGCCGAAUGCUCCCUAGGUUGGGCUUUCUAUAGCGCCAUAAUAGGAGUUGGACUGACGUUCGUUUGCGCAGUGAUAAGUGGCCAAGCAGAGAAGUCCACAGCUAGUGACAAGGUUCAGGACAAGAUGAACGAAGGAAAAACUUUAAUCUGUCUCGCGUGAAACUAGAAAGACUGGGGAAUAUCGAGAAUAUCCAUAUCUUCACUGGCGGAGCAAGGAUAAAGAAAACGCUCUUACUUUUCCUUGGAUCUGUGUCAAAAAAAAAAAAAAAAAAAGAAAAAGAACUUAUCGUGGGACCAAAUCAAUUCGACUGAGACUCCGUGCCAGUUUUUUCCCAGAUUUUCAAUUAAAAUGCAAACGUUAUGAUCGUUUUAAGAGGAGUACAGUCAACUGUACUUUACUACUGCCAUUUUGUAUGCAAAUAAAUGUAUAUGAAACAGAUAUUCAUAGGAAAUAAGGUAUAAGAGAAGAAUAAUAUUGUGCAAGAAAGAAAUAAAUCCGGAUGCUGUUAAA